CAGGUACUAGUACAGUGAACCAGACCUCUGCUGCAGGUGUCCUCACAGAUAAAAUCUGGGCAGCACAAAACCCUUUUGGGUGAAGAUUUGGGGAAAACAGACAUUAAUCUCUUACCAUGGGGGAUUGGAAUUUACUGGGUGACAUCCUAGAGGAAGUUCACUCCCACUCAACUAUAGUGGGGAAAAUCUGGCUGACCAUUCUCUUCAUUUUCCGAAUGCUGGUACUGGGUGUGGCUGCUGAAGAUGUCUGGGAUGAUGAACAGUCAGCAUUUGCCUGCAACACCCAGCAGCCAGGUUGCAACAAUAUCUGUUAUGAUGAUGCUUUCCCUAUCUCUUUGAUCAGGUUCUGGGUUUUACAGAUAAUCUUUGUGUCUUCUCCUUCUCUGGUGUAUAUGGGCCAUGCACUUUAUAGACUCAGGGCCUUUGAAAAGGAGAGGCAGAGGAAAAAGUCACACCUUAGAGUCCGGAUGGAGAAUCCAGAGCUUGAAUUGGAGGAGCAACAAAGGAUAGAUAGAGAGCUGAAGAGAUUGGAGGAGCAGAAGAGAAUCCAUAAAGUCCCUCUAAAAGGAUGUCUGCUCCGUACUUAUGUCUUACACAUCUUAACGAGAUCUGUGCUGGAAGUAGGGUUCAUGAUAGGCCAGUAUGUUCUCUAUGGGUUUCAAAUGCACCCCCUUUACAAAUGCACUCAAUCUCCUUGCCCUAAUGCAGUGGAUUGCUUUGUAUCCAGGCCCACAGAGAAGACAAUUUUCAUGCUCUUUAUGCACAGCAUUGCAGCCAUCUCUUUGUUCCUUAAUGUACUGGAAAUAUCUCAUCUGGGAAUCAGGAAAAUCAUGAGGGCACUUUAUGAGAAAUCCAGCAAUGAGGACAUUGAGGAUGAAAGUGGCACUCCAUUCCAUUUGAAAAAAUAUUCGGUGGCCCAGCCUUGUAUGAUUUGCUCUCCCUUGCCUAAAAGAAUCUCUUUACUUCAAGCCAACAAUCAACAGCAAGUCUUUCAAGUCAAUGUGCUGAAGUCUAAAACCACAUGUGAAAGCCUACAGCCCAGGCAACUUGAAGUAGACCCUUGCUGUAUUAAAAAAGAGUGGACUGAGAAGGAUCAGCACAGAGGACAGCUCCAUGUCCACAGCCCAUGUCCCUGGGAUGACAGUACUCGAAUUCAGCACCAGGGACAGCAACCAGGCCAUUCAUUUGGCCUAGAAAAUGUAAAGUCCCAGUCCUGGCUAGGUACAGAGAUGGCUCCUAGACAUUGCCCAUCCUAUGCAAUAGGAACCUGGGAGCAGUCCCAGGAUCUACGACCCUCAGGAGAGCCUCUUACAGAGUUGCACAGUCACUGUAGAGACAGCGAUGGCAGCAUGAGAGAGAGUGGGGUCUGGACAGACAGAUCUCACCUGGAUAGUCGCAAGGCCAGCUUUCUGUCCAGAUUGCUGUCUGAAAAGGGACAGUUGCACAGUGACUCAAGAAGCUUCAGUUCUCAGAACAGCUCUUGCUUGGAUCUUCUGCACCGGGAAAAUAGUCCCUCGCUUCUGCCUUCUGCCACUGGGUAUAGAACAUCAAUGAACAUGCUUCUAGAACUUUCAUCUAUUAUGAAAAAAUAAUUCAUGCUUGGGGCCAGAAAAAUGGACCAAGGACCAACCAGCAUCUGCAGGAGAAAAGUUGCACCUUUGUUAGCUCAAACUGCAAGAAGAAUUGUGGGAACCAUCCCCUCCACAGAGACACCCGCCAGGCGAUGGAAGUGGAAAUGAGGCGUGGAGAUAUGAAGAGGCAUGAUCUGUUCCACAGUGAGUUGGUAGAAGAGCCAGUGAAGACCAGGUGGAUGAAAAUGAUGCUGGGGCCAAGUCCAAGUGGGUGCCAUUAAGGGGCAUACCAUAUUCCAGGUGCUUAAGACACAUUAUCUAUACCUGUUUUAUCUACAACUGUGCAAAGUUAUUGUUUGCCCCCAUUUUAUAAACCAGAGAAGGCUCAAAGAGACUAAGUAACUUGCCCCACAGCUAAAGGUCACACAGCUAAAGUGCAUGCAGUGCAGCUGAAUUGAAACCCAGAUCCAGGUCCAGCUGUUCCAAGGCCUGGACUCCUUCCAGGAAGCUGUGAAGUCGUGUUCUCUCUCUUGUCCAUAACAAUCAGCAGCCCCCGGGCAAUGAUUUAUUUGCACAUCCGUCUGCCCAACUAACCUGUGAAAGCUACAAGGAUAAGGCCUGUGCAUUUUAAGUCUCGGAUGCCCAGCAUGCAGCGUAGUGUUGGUUGAAUGAAUGCAUGUUUGUGUAUAGAUGCCAAAGACAAUAUAGUACGCAUCACUUUAAACUCUCCAGUCUAUUCCUUAUUCACUAGUGUUCUGUCAUGUCCUGUCAAUAGGUUUAUUAUGAGAGAUUCUUUCAGAAGAGUCUGUAGGGCAGCACUGUUUUUCUUUGAUUUAAAUUUCCUUUACCCUCAGAAGCCUUUAUAAUGUCAUCAACUGUUCAGCACAAAUAGAGGUUUAAAAAAGGGGCACCUACCUGGGUGGCUCAGUUGGUUAAGCAUCUGACUCUUGAUCUCAGCUCAGGUCUUGAUCUCAGGGUCAUGAGUUCAAGCCCCAAGUUGGACUCCACGCUGGGCAUGAAGCCCACUUAGGAAAAAAAAAAAAAGUUAAAGGACCAGUGUAAAAUGUAAUGCUACCAGUAAAUGCUGGUGUGUCUCUGACGGUUUCCAUCUAUUGCUUUAGGAUGAGGAUCACUGCCUCAGGGAUGCACUGGUCUUCAAAGGGGGAGAAUAAAAUCUAGCCAUGAAGAACCAGCAAUGGCUUUUUUUGGCUGACUGAGCAGGCCAGUGGCAGGUAUAUGCGGGGGUCUGUAGGAGUCAGAGGUGGUGAAAACAGAAGGUAUCGUGUUCUUGAAUCAAAUGAAAGGAAAGACACUUGCACAUCAUGGGAUGUGGGAUGAGUGGCUUUUUCCAUCUCUCUGGGCCUUGAUUCUUUGACACCAAGAAGUAUCACAUUCAUUUAUACCAGGAAAGCAAAGCUGCUCAAUGGGGAGAAUUGGAAACCCAUCCCACUCUGGGCACUAUCACAAGCUGAUGUCAAACAUCAAGUACAGUCUUGCUAGUGCAUCCUAAUUGAGGGGGUAGGGGUGAUGGUCUGGAGAAGUAGAACUGUUUGAAAGAAGAGCCUAGUUAUUUACAAACAGAUACAACAAAACUGUUGGCAGGGACUGGUAUAGGGGUAGCCAAUCUGAGAAUCCUCAUUGUACCCUGGAAGUAGAUAUGAAUCCCUUCAAAGGUGCACAUUCAAAGGAAAGGAAAUAAUGGCUGUUGCCCAUUUGGGGCAGGAUGGUGUUUAAAUGCUUCCCUUCUGCAACACACAAUAGCUUUUUAAUUCUAUUUCCAACUAUGAUGGUCAUUCCUGCCACACGUGCAAACAUCAGGGUCAAAGGUGCAAGUGGCCAUCAGUUCUAAAUGACCAUGUUUUAAGUUU